GUUGUUUUUUGUUUUGAUAACCUUGUUUUGAUUUCUUACAGUUGUCGUUCAGUAUGAAUUUACACAAACAAUUUUUGUUUAGCUGACAGGACUAAUGAAAUAUUAGUUAUUCAAAGACUUUGCGAUGGUUUUACGUAAAUAGCUUUAUUUUGAAAAUGUCAGCUCAGUUGGCUGGAAUGAUAUGAGAAAUGCAUUUCUUUUAAUCCACUAAUACGUGUUUGUUUAUGUGGAGCGACGGGAGGUAGAAACACAACAGCUACCUCAACAAAAUAUGUUAUUUUACUGUUUAUAUUUUUACUCAACCAAAGCGUUUUAUGUAAGGACGUCACUAACGUUAGUAGUCAUUUAAUUUCUAAAUGUGAUGACUACUUCAACAAGAAAGAUUUAUUUGGGACAACAUCGGAUUGUAAAGACAAAGGGUUUAAGAGAUGAGGAACCACAUAGACAAUCCAGUCGCCCGCAUCGAGCAUGCUCUUCUGCCACAGAUAUAUCUGAGAACAAAAGAUGUAGUGAGCCAAAACAAAACCAGAAUAAGCAAUGGAUGCCAGGAGACUCUACUCUGGCUAUGGAUGUGGAAAUUUUACAAGCUAUUGAUGAAUUAGGUCCAGAAGUCUUAAAAUUCAAAAAAGAUGAAAACAUUCAACCAACUGAAUUGGCGUCACUUAAGAAAACCUCUGACUUUCCACAAAAUAUUUGUGAGCAACAAGUGCAAAAUGCAGAAAACAUCAACCCUUCAAGUCCAGGUUCAGCGUGGUCACCAUCAGAGCGCAAAAGAACCAGAACACAAGCCAAAAAAGAGAACGACUGGAGGGAUUUGGCCCAAAAGCUUUUGUUCAGUGAAACUAAAAAGACUGACGCAGGAGGACGGGCCCGUGGCCGUGAGAUGAAAUGUGACAAGGAAUAUUCUUCACCUCAAAAGAUCCUCAACUCCAUGAAAAAAACAGCUAAAGUAGCAAACGGCAAGCAAAAGUUGAAGUUCAGAAGAGAUACCAGCCCAAAUGACUCUCUCAGUAACUCCAAGGAUUACAUUCUGUUUAGUCCAACACAUAUGGCUGCCGCUAAAGAGCGAUCCCUGUUGAAGAGAUCAAUGAAAAACCUUUCGGUCUCUGUGCUCACCCCUCCUCCUGGACUGGAUCUCAGUGUCCUCGGUGAUGCUACACUACCAGAUGCAGCACAAAGCAUCCAUAUGGGACGUCCCGCAGAUCAGUUAGACAAGCUUUUGCUCUCCAGUUGGGGUCUCCCUAAGCCUGUUCUGGAGAAAUACCAGAGUCUUGGUGUUCAGAGGAUGUUUGAGUGGCAGGCUGAGUGUCUGACUUUGGGCAAAGUGUUGGAGGGCCAGAACCUGGUGUAUUCUGCUCCAACCAGUGCAGGAAAAACUUUGGUUUCUGAGCUGUUAAUCUUGAAGAGAGUUUUGGAAACAAGACAAAAGGCCAUGUUCAUUCUUCCUUUCGUGUCUGUGGCUCGUGAGAAAAUGUUUUAUCUACAGAAUGUGUUUCAGGAGGCAGGGGUCAGAGUGGAGGGGUAUAUGGGUAACACUUCAGCAGCUGGUGGGUUUUCAGCUUUAGAUGUCGCUAUUUGCACAAUUGAGAAAGCUAAUGGACUUAUCAACAGACUCAUUGAAGAAGACAAAUUGGAUCUACUUGGAAUUGUUGUGGUUGAUGAGCUGCACAUGCUUGGGGACUCUGGUCGUGGAUAUCUCUUGGAACUUUUGCUAACUAAAAUCCAAUACAUUGCCCAAAAAAACGCAGCAAGGGGUUCUGCUCAAAGUGCCUCAGCUGGUGUGCAGAUUGUUGGUAUGAGUGCCACACUGCCAAACUUGGACCUUCUUGCUCGCUGGUUGAAUGCUGAGCUGUAUAGUACUAACUAUCGUCCUGUACCACUGGUGGAGUGGGUCAAGAUAGGCACGAAUGUCUAUGAUGGAUCUAUGAACCUGGUCAGACCGUUCACCCCAGCUCUUCCCGUAAAGGGAGAUGAUGAUCAUAUUGUCAGCCUCUGCUUUGAGACAGUGCAGGACGGACACUCUGCACUGCUGUUCUGCCCUUCAAAGAACUGGUGUGAGAAACUAGCAGACAGCAUUGGAAGAGAGUUUUACAAUCUUUAUCACAAAGAAAUGCAGUCAGGCUCUGGAGUGCAAAGUAUAUCUCUGAAUCAGGAAGGUCUCCAGGAUGUACUAGCCCAACUCAAGCGUACUCCUGCAGGCUUGGACCAAGUGCUUCAGCGAACGGUUCCUUGGGGAGUUGCCUUCCACCAUGCAGGUUUAACGUUUGAUGAGAGGGAUAUUCUAGAAGGUGCUUUUCGUCAAGGCUACAUUAGGGUGCUGGCUGCUACCUCCACCUUGUCAUCUGGUGUAAAUCUGCCCGCCCGACGUGUGAUUAUCAGAACCCCUGUUUUUAAUGGUCAUUUGUUGGACAUCCUGACCUAUAAGCAGAUGGUGGGACGAGCAGGCCGUAAAGGAGUGGACACCAUGGGGGAAAGUGUGUUGGUCUGUAAAGAGGCUGAACGUGCGAAGGGGAUGAGCCUCAUCCAGGGCUCACUUAAGCCUAUCAGCAGCUGCCUGGUGAAGCGGGAGGGUGAGGGCGUCACUACCAGCAUGCUCAGGGCCAUCUUGGAGAUCAUCGUUGGAGGUGUCGCCAGCUCACCACAGGAUGUGCGGAUGUAUGCGGCUUGCACUCUUCUGACAGCCAGUAUUGCCGCCGAACAGCCACGUGGAGAAGAAGCUGCAUCAGAAGCUCGAAACAAAGGAGCUAUCGAAGCCUGCAUAGAGUGGCUAAUGGACAAUGAGUUUAUUCAUAUACAGAAAGAAGGAGAUGUGGAAAGGUACUGCCCCACGCAUCUGGGUUCUGCGACUCUGUCUUCGUCUUUAUCACCUCCGGAAGCCCUGGGGAUUUUUGCAGAUCUCCAGAGAGCAAUGAAAGGAUUUGUAUUGGAAAAUGAUCUUCAUAUCCUCUAUCAGAUAACACCUGUGUAUGUGGACUGGACUACAAUUGACUGGUACCAGUUCUUUUGUCUGUGGGAACAAUUACCAUCUGCAAUGAAACGGGUGGCUGAGAUGGUGGGCAUCCAAGAAGGUUUCUUGGCCCGCUCUGUUAGUGGGAAAUUAGUCGCUAAAACAGAUAAGCAACGCAGACAGAUGGCCAUUCACAAACGUUUUUUCACAACGUUAGUUCUCCAUGACCUUGUAAGCGAAGUACCACUUGGAGCUGUCGCAAAGAAGUAUGGCUGUAGCCGAGGACAGCUUCAGUCACUUCAGCAGUCUGCCUCAACAUAUGCAGGAAUGGUCACAGUCUUCUGUAAUCGACUUGGAUGGCACAACCUAGAGCUGCUUCUGUCCCAGUUCCAGAGUCGUCUGAGUUUUGGAGUCCAAAGGGAGUUGUGCGAUCUGGUUCGUAUUUCUUUACUAAACGCCCAGAGAGCACGUACACUCUACAGCUCUGGGUUUGUCACAGUGGCAGAGGUGGCCAGAGCUGAUGUUACAGAGGUGGAGAAGGCCCUCAGGAAAGCCAUCCCUUUCAAAAGCUCCAGGCAGGCGUUGGAUGAAAACGAGGUUGAGGCUCAAGAGCGUAAGAGCAUGCGCUGCAUCUGGGUCAGCGGGAAAAAGGCCUUGACUGAAAGGGAGGCUGCUCAGCAAAUCGUGGCCGAGGCCCAGGUGCUCCUCCAGCAGGAUUUGGCUCUUCUUGGGGUAGAAUGGAACCCAACAUCCCUCUCAACAAAGACCCAGCCAGAUUCCCAUUCACACGAAGAAUCGUCCAAUACAAAACCUCUACAGUCUACAUCAAGAGACCCAGAACACAAAGAGAGGCAAAAUGUAACCACAAACGUGGAUGAACAGAAGUUAUUGGUGGAUAAAAAUGCUGACAGUUGUUCCCAUCCUCCUUUGAGGCCAUUAGAGAUCACUACCAAUUCAGACAAGCCAAUGGAUAUUGAUGCAUUAUCUAGUGACUGUCAGCCUGCUAAGAAAUGUGAACAGCAGUCAAGUACAUUGGAUAAAGUUCUCAAAUCAUUAAAUGCGAAAGACAAGGGAUUUCAAAAUAGUCAAACAGCUGAGGCAUCAGAAUGUUCUUUGAAAUCACUUCAAAGGAAAUUAGGACACAGUUCCUGUAUAAAAAGUACUUGUAACUCUGGCAGUGACCAUCGUUCAAGUCCAGUUUCGAAACGCAGAAGGAUGGAUGUAGUGGAUUCUGAUGCAAAACCCAUAGUGAGUAAAGCGAAAACACCAACUGUAACCACAGAAGACCCCGAAAGAAAAUCAAAAGUUAAAGAGUUUUGCUUUAAUAAAUCUGAAACUGACUGUAGAACAGAUAAAGACAAGAUGAAUCUCCAGUCAUCCAUUGCUGGACUAAACCAAGUCAUUGAGUCAAAAACGUUUUCUCACUUGUGUGAUCUACAAAGGGGUAGGGAAACCCCACAUGUCAAAACUCAAAGUGAAACUCACAGUUUCAAGAAAUUCAGCUGCAGUGAUGAGAAUAAAACUGGCUUAAGGGUAAACACAAGCCUUAAACACGAUUUAGUAUGUGGUUCUGAGAAGCUUAGCUCUCCUGACUUGUACACAAAUGGACUGGAAGAGUUUGGUGAUAGUUUUCAACUUGAUACACAGACUGAGAAAAUGCUUCAAGGAGAUGAUUUUUCACAUGGCAUUGGUCAUUUAAACAUUCUCAAAGAAAAUAAACAUAACAAUCAUGUUGAUUCAGAAAGUGAGAUGAAACCUGUCGAGCAGUCAUCUUUCCUGGAAAAUGAAAAACAGAUAUCUAGAGACCACAACAAAGACAAAGGUUUAUCACCUCAGAAGAAUGCCCCAGCCACUGAAUUCAAACCAAAAUAUAACAUCUCGCUUACUGACAGCCAGUUGGAGAAUAUUUUAAAUUACAGUAACCAGGUUACUGAAGAAGAAUCAAGUGCAAACAAACCUGCUGAACAAAGGGAAAAUCAAGAGUCAUCUGAUCAUGUUGCUGAGAAUAGCUUCAACCGGAGCAGCAGUUUUCUGUUUGACAGUCUCUAUGACAACUCCAUCUUGGAUGCCAUGGAGGAAGCAGCUAUUGAUCGAGACAACAAAGAGCAGGUGGUUGAAGCUCAUGCUAAUUCGAACGGCUCUUCUCCAGAACUCAUUCCAGAGAGAAGAGAUGCAGCGUCAACAGAGGAUCAGGAAGCAAUCCAAUGGGGUGAAUCAUCUUUCAACCUUUCAGAAUGGGGAGAUUCACUACUUAUUGGAGAGCAGUACCUUGAUAAAAUGAGCAGUGUUGUCAAGGCUUGUGAUGGCCAAAAAUUGGGUGCAGAGAAGCAGAGUUAUACAGAUGAUAUUGUGUAUGAACUUCAUGUAUUGCAAAGCAACAAACCUCAUUCAAGCACUUCACAUGAAAGGUGUCAAUUAAACAGUUCAUCGUUUCACAUCAGCCCAGGAAUGCAGGACAUUUUUGAUAAAUGGUCUGAUCAGUUUUCAACCCUAUCUGAGGUUCCAGGGCAGUCAGAUUCAACUGUGGUGGAACCAAAUGCUGCUGUUGAAAAAGCAGUUUCCCCAAAAACAAAGCAUGGAAUUGAUCAAGGAGGUCCAAGAAGCUCAGAUUUCGUGGUAGCCCAGACCAAACCACUGUCUCACAAUGACCUUGUUCCUCCCACACAAGUUUCUGAACCAGUCACGCCACGAGUUAAAAUGACCACCUCAGCUAUACAGUCACCUCUUAAUGUCACCAAGCACAGGUCUGAACUGGAUCCUAAAAAUUCUAAAUCAAGUACCCAGAAAGAUUAUCACUCUUGUUUGAGGACUAACUCUGCGUCAGAGUUAGACAUGUCUCUGGCUGAGGAUGGCUUUGCAAGGCUUUCUCAGUGUCAAUCACUUCCUGCUUCAAAUUUCUGCAGUCCAGAAACAUUCUCCAUAAUCGAUGUGGCAAGCGAUAAAAGGCUUUUUCAUACAUUUAUAAAGGAGUGGAAAACAAAGGACAGAUUUUGUCUUGCUCUAGCAUGUGAGAAGAUAGACAACACCUCAGUGCAACCUGAGAUGGUUAUAGGUGGAAAAUUCAAAAAACAUACUACCCCAAUGAGGAAAAGAAAAGAUGGCUUCCUUCUCAAGGGAUACGAGGACCUUGCGGUCAUUGGCAUAUCUAUAUGCUGGGGAGCAAAAGAUGCUUAUUUUGUAUCUCUACAACAGGAGCUGUCAGAAUCAGAUAUAAGUGCCAGCUUGGCACCACCACCUCUUGAUGAGACACUUACAGUUGAGGAGCGACUGAGGCAAAUUCAGUGCUGCUUGGAAAAAGAAUCAAGUGUGAUGGUCACUUAUGACUUCAUUCACAUUUACAAAACACUACUCCUGGCAUGUGAGCUUGCUAUGCGUGGCAGAUUUGAAGACCCAAAGAUUGCAUGUUGGCUUCUGGAUUCAAGCUCCAAAGAGCGCACCCUCCACAACAUGGUUUCCAGCUUUGCUACAGAGGAUCUCCCAAUGCUGGAAGGAAUUAGUCCCGGUCAGGGUGUGCAGAGUUUAGGGAUCUAUGGAGAUGCCAGUCAACCUGGACGCUACAGAGCUGCUGUUGAGUCUGUUCUGGUCUUCAGGGUCAUGACGCAACUCAACUGUCUUCUUGAAAAGGAUGGCUUCUCUGACGUAUUCAAGAAAGUAGAGAUGCCUACCCAAUAUUGCCUGGCGUUGUUGGAGCUAAAUGGAAUUGGGUUUAGUGUUGCCGAAUGUGAGGCUCAGAAACAUGUGAUGCAAGCCAAGCUUAGUGCUCUGGAAUCCCAAGCUUAUCAGCUAGCAGGGCACAGCUUCUCACUGACCAGUCCUGAGGAUGUAGCAGAGGUGUUGUUUCUUGAGUUAAAGCUGCCACCCAAUGGAGAUUUAAAUGCUCCAAAGAAUAAGAAGACACUGGGCUACGCUAGGAGAGCAGGAGCCCGUAUAAAACUUUCUAAACAGUUCAGCACAACCAAGGAUGUUUUAGAAAAGCUUAAGCCACUGCAUCAGUUACCAGGUGUUAUUCUUGAGUGGAGAAGAAUCACAAAUGCUUUGACAAAAGUGGUUUUCCCCUUGCAACGAGAGAAGAAGUGGCACUCACAUCUGAAAAUGGACAGAAUACAUCCAAUCUCACAGUCUCACACAGCCACAGGGCGGGUGAGCUUCACUGAACCAAACAUUCAAAAUGUCCCAAAAGAUUUUGAAAUUCAAAUGCCAACACUAAUAGAAGAAAGUCAACCAUCGCAGAAUGGUGCAAGCAAGACGUGGGUUAAACGAUCAAAGAUAAACCAGCAGUUGGCACCCCUUUUAAAAGUAUCAGACAAAUCACCAGACAAAGGGAUGGCAUUUUCUGUCAGUAUGAGACAUGCUUUUGUUCCUUUUUCAGGAGGUCUGAUUCUGGCUGCUGACUAUUCACAGUUGGAGCUCCGCAUUUUAGCUCAUCUGUCCCGGGACAAACGUCUCCUCCAUGUGCUCAACAGUGGUGCAGAUGUAUUUAAAAGCAUUGCAGCUGAGUGGAAAAUGAUAGACCCUGCUUCGGUUGAUGAUAAUAUGAGACAACAGGCCAAACAGAUUUGUUAUGGAAUAAUCUAUGGAAUGGGAGCAAAGUCUCUUGGAGAACAAAUGGGCAUUGAGGAGAAUGAUGCUGCCUGCUACAUUGAGACAUUUAAAUCCAGAUACACUGGCAUACAGAACUUUCUGCGUGAAACUGUGCAGAAAUGUGGGAAAAACGGGUAUGUGCAGACCUUGCUCGGCAGGAAGCGUUUUUUGCCUGGAAUAAAAGAUACAAAUGUGUACAUAAAGUCUCAUGCAGAGCGACAGGCAGUGAACACAACAGUGCAGGGCUCUGCCGCUGACAUUGUCAAAUUAGCCACCAUCAACAUUCAGCGUAGAUUGGAGGCAGCGUUUCCUGGAGUUCCCACAUCACAUCAACACCCUCCAAUCAGAUCAGGUGGUCGGCACAGAAAUCAGUUUAGACCCUCUCGAGGAGGCUUUUUUAUACUUCAGCUGCAUGAUGAACUCAUCUACGAAGUUGCAGAGGAAGACGUCAUUCAGGUGGCUCAGAUUGUGAAGCGAGAAAUGGAGUGUGUUGUGAAAUUGUAUGUAAAACUCAGAGUAAAAGUCAAAGUGGGUCCAAGCUGGGGUAACCUUCAAGACCUGGACAUAUAAAACAACCAUAUCCUUGACUCUUCUGCGGUUUAUGUGUAAAUAGCUGAUCGAUGAUUAUGAAUUACUUGAAUGGACUGUUAAAACACUAAAUGUUUAAUAUAUAAGCAGUAAAUGUUUUUAAUCUGAAAUAAAAUUCAACAGAUGCUAAUAAGUGUGAAGAAAUGGAAAUAUUUUGUACAUUCUAUUUAAAAAAAUUUUUGUAGACAAGAUA